AGAAGUGUGACAGGCGGAGGCGGGACGUUGGCGGGACAUUGUGUAGGUGCUGAGGGAGGUCGGUGCGCAUGAUCCCUAUAGACAAACACAUGAGGUUCUGCGGCGGCUGCUUCCUCAGGAAUAUCUUGUAGUUUGUGUCUGCGGUGAAACUCGUGCUCUCCCGUCUCUCCCUUUCUCCUCUGACUUCUUUAAAGAGAAUUUCCCGUGAGCCUGGGGAACUUGCAGCCCAAAUCCAACAGGCAGAGCAGCAUGUACCAAAGCAACAAGAAGAAAAGGCAAUGGAAGGAGGAGAAAGAACGGCUGUUAAAUAUGACGCGGGAAGAAAGACGCAAGGAAUACAGAGAAUAUGUUUCACUGGAUAAUAUUCCAUCGCUAAUGGAAGAGCUGAAGAGAAAAGCAUCAAGUAAUGAUGAAAGCUCGGAAGAAAUUCAGGUGAAGAACAGCUUGUGUGAAAAAGUGUCGCUUUACAAAGGGGACAUCACCCAGCUGGAAGUGGACGCCAUCGUAAACGCCGCAAACACAUCUCUUCUCGGAGGAGGCGGGGUUGAUGGCUGUAUUCACAGAGCUUCAGGGCCUACUCUGCUUGCUGAAUGCCGCGAGUUGGGAGGCUGUGAAACUGGACAAGCAAAAAUCACUUGUGGUUAUGAAUUACCAGCGAAAUAUGUUAUUCACACUGUUGGGCCUAUUGCAAGAGGCCACAUAAGUCCCAACCAUAAACAAGAUCUAGCGAGCUGCUACAAUUCUUCCCUCACAUUGGCAACUGAGAACGAUAUCAGGACAAUAGCUUUCCCCUGUAUAUCUACUGGCAUUUAUGGCUACCCAAACGAGCCGGCGGCUAAUGUAGCUCUGACCACCGUCAAAGAGUUUUUAAAGAAGAACCGUGAUAAGAUCGACCGGGUCAUUUUCUGUGUCUUUCUGGAAGUUGACUUUAAAAUCUACAAGAGAAAAUUAAAUGAAUUUUUUCCAAAAGAUGGAGGUGAUGAUGAAGAGGGAGAAAAAUGUGACAGUGAAGAGAUGAAGGAAGAUUCAGAGGGAAAGCCUAAGUCACCUCCGAUGAAGAAAAUUAAAGAGAAAAAAGAAGAUGCCUCCUCCCUGGAUUCUCCUGAUGAGGACUACUCAACAGAAGAGGCUACAGGAAAUACCCAAGAUAUGACAGUGAUGAGCUUAGAAACAGACGAAGGGAAUGAUGUUUCUUCCCCCACUGCAGACCCAUUAGAAGAAGUAGAAGAAAUCACAGAUCCAGAUGAAUUAGAAAAUAUGGAGACCAGUCAACCUAAGGUUCCAAUGGAGACAGAAGGCUCGGACAGAGAUCCAGCAGAGCCUUCGGAUGUUCAAAAAGAAAUAGCUUCCCCAUCCAAUGAAACAUGUCAAGAAUCUGGCCCAAAGGAUACAAAUGAAGAUGCAAAUGAAGCAUAAACAUAGCAAGAAAUGCAGAUGUGGAACAACUGCUCUACAGCAUCAUUUCUAAUGAGGACCGAGGCUGUUGUGAUUGUGUUCCUUAAUGGAGAUUAGAUGGCAGGAAGACAAAGAUUGGAUUUUAGUUUUAUUCAAUUCCGUGAACGUUUUAUCCUUUAUCUAAAUCUGAAUUUUUGGUCUCCAAAAAAGCUGAAUUGCUUGCAGUUCAAUUUUUUUUCUGAGUUAAAAUGUUCACAAGGAAUUUCAUCUGUUUUGAUUUAUAUGCAUUCAAAUUGACCAAUCAUAAUAAGUCUUCUUAUUUGUUUAAUUAACAAUAGUUUAGCUGUUCUUUUGGAUUUUUCUUUUUGAUUUGACCUAUUUGUGAUUUAUGUUGCCUGAUACUGGAUAGACCUUUAUGUUUAUUAAACACAAUGGCCGGUC